CUUCAUGCUUCACCAAAGGGGUCAAAAUGCAAUAUCCCAACAAAUCUUCAUUCCGGAAAGAAAGGAUCUAAACUUAAAGUGAAGUCCAAAACUAACUAUGAAGUUGUGCUAUUUGCUAAAGAAUUUGCUUAUGCACCAAAAACUCCUUAUGGAGAGUGCUCUAAGCCUAUGCCAAGUCCUACUCCUUACUACUACAAAUCUCCACCACCUCCAACACCUACUUAUGUUUACAAAUCUCCCCCACCCCCGACACCGACUUACGUUUAUAAGUCGCCGCCACCACCAACUUACAUUUACAAAUCUCCACCUCCCCCUCCUUACGUGUACAAAUCUCCACCACCACCACCACCGACCUAUAUUUACAAAUCCCCACCACCUCCUCCUUACGUCUACAAAUCUCCUCCACCACCAUCACCAACACCAGUUUACGUAUACAAAUCCCCACCCCCUCCACCUUACGUCUACAAGUCUCCACCGCCACCAACACCAGUUUAUGUAUACAAAUCCCCACCUCCUCCACCUUACAUCUACAAGUCUCCACAGCCACCGACACCAGUUUACGUAUACAAAUCCCCACCUCCUCCACCUUACGUUUAUAAGUCUCCACCACCACCAACACCCGUUUACGUAUACAAAUCCCCACCUCCUCCACCUUACGUUUAUAAGUCUCCACCACCACCAACACCAGUUUACGUAUACAAAUCCCCACCUCCUCCUCCUUACGUCUACAAGUCCCCACCGCCGCCACCAUACGUCUACUCAUCACCUCCACCACCAGUAAAGUCACCACCACCACCGUACGUGUAUUCAUCACCUCCACCACCCGUGAAGUCACCGCCACCACCGUAUGUGUACUCAUCACCUCCACCACCUGUAAAGUCACCGCCACCACCAUAUGUGUACUCAUCACCUCCACCACCUGUGAAGUCACCUCCACCACCAUACGUCUACUCAUCACCUCCACCACCCGUAAAAUUACCGCCACCACCAUACGUGUACUCAUCACCUCCACCACCCGUGAAGUCACCACCAGCACCGUAUGUGUACUCAUCACCUCCACCACGGGUGAAGCCACCACCACCACCAUACGUGUACUCAUCACCUCCACCACCGGUAAAGUCACCGCCACCACCAUACGUGUACUCAUCACCUCCCCCACCCGUGAAGUCACCGCCACCACCGUAUGUGUACUCAUCACCUCCACCACCCGUGAAGUCACCGCCACCACCUUAUGUGUACUCAUCACCUCCACCACCUGUAAAGUCACCGCCACCACCAUAUGUGUACUCAUCACCUCCACCACCUGUGAAGUCACCACCACCACCAUACGUCUACUCAUCACCUCCACCACCCGUAAAAUCACCGCCACCACCAUAUGUCUACUCAUCACCUCCACCACCCGUAAAAUCUCCGCCACCACCAUACGUCUACUCAUCACCUCCACCACCCGUAAAGUCACCUCCACCACCGGCAUACAUCUACGCUUCCCCACCUCCUCCAACCCAUUAUUAA